AUGUUUGGUUAUGUUUUAGUUAAUAAUCAGAACUCGGUGAUUUUUCUUGAUGGUGAUUUGAGCUUCAAGGUAAGUUUGAAAAAUGAUUUUUUGUAAAAAAAAAUAAUUUUUCAAGUUGCGACUUCAAAAAUUGGUCCAUAAACAAAUUCGUCUUCGAAGUUUGGACAAUGCAUCAACUUCCAGUGGAAUAUGCACUGAUUCGACUGAUGGUAUGUGGAAGAUCUGGGAGCUUUUGAUAGUGUGUCACGGGAUUUUGAGCGUUAUCUUAGAUAACAUGUUUGAGAAUCUCAAAAUUGAUUAUCGAAUGUUUGAAUUUUGGAGAAAUGAGCUUCAAUUUCAGAUAGUUUCUGAAUCAAAUAUUUGUUGAAAUUUAUAUUUUUUAAAAAUUUCACAGUUAUUAAGGACUGGUACAAGUUGUGAAUUUUUUUCAAAAAAUAAUUUUCGUGAGUUCGAUUUGAAUUAAGUAUACAUAGCUCACGUCAUUUUACUCCUGAUUAUGUCUUGUAUCUAAAAAAUUUCAAAAAGUUUAACAUAGCGAUUAACACCUACUCAUAUUGAACUUUUAAAGUCUAUCAUAUAAAUUUUAAAUACAGAUAACGAGUCAUUGAAAGCGACAUCAACAAAACAACGGAAAAAAUCUGGAAUCAUAUUCAAUUCAUCUGAAAUCUCACAUAUUCUAUUGCCACUGAUUUUGAUCUACAGAUCAUCUUCCGAUGGAAAUGAAGAUCCAAUUAAUCAUCUUUCAUCAAUCCUUGGAAAUAUUUCAUUUUCAAAAAUUUAUGAUAACUACCUGAUUCUAUCAUUUGCAGAUCAGUGAGUUCAUAAUUUUUCAGAAGAGCCCCUAACUUUUUAUUUUUGCAGAGAAAAUUAUCGUAAGGAUAUGUUGCAAAUGGUGGAGCGAAGUAUUUUAUCAGGGUUUGGUCCUCUGAUAACAUUUUGCAACACAGAUUUGACAACGGUUAAGAGACCAAAAGAAAUGAUGGGUCAAAUCAGGGCGAAAAUUGGGAAUUUCAGAUCAAAGCGUGAGUUGUCUGAAGGAAUUUUCUACCCCAAAAAAUUCCCAACAAAGAAUUUUUCAGCAUUUGUUGAUAUCAAAAGAAUGAUAUUUUAUUCUUCAAAAGUUGAACGGAUUCAAAAUAUUUUUCUAAAAUUAUGCUCCCAAUUAAGCGUAUUUAUCGGAAAUAAUCGAAGUCUUCUAAUAAGUCAUGGAGAUAUAAUUGCAACUUUCAACAGCUCGGAAACUGCUUCGAAUAUUAUGACAAGUGUGAAUAUCAGUGAUUUAUCGAAUAUUAUCAGCAACUCAAUUUCUGGAUCAAAUAAAAUUAGUCAGGUUAGUCUUCAGGUUGAUUUUAGAGCUAUGAUAUUUUUGUUUUAGUUUUGGCUCCGCUCGACGAUUGGUGUUAUACCUUAUUAUAUCAACGUCAUAAGUCAUCAAAUUUUAGAAAAUCUGACAUUUGUUUCUUUUAUUGAAUCAUCAGAAAACAUCUUGAUCCGAUAUUUAUAUCUUUUUUCAAAGCAAAUUGAUCAAAUUCGAAAAAGUACGGACCUUAACAGGUAGGUAAUUUUUUUCCAUUUCUCAUAACAUCACAAAAGUUCAAUUUUUUUCCAGAGACUUACGAGAAGUUCGAAAAACAGUGUUAGACAUUCAAAAUCUGUUAGUCGACAAAAAAACUGAAGAGCAAAAUCCAACCGCGUUCCUCAAGAAUCCCAAUAGAACUUCGUCGUUUUUCAAAAGUAUCUGGAUGCAGAUCGAGCAAGAGAUCAAAGAGAUUAAUGGAGUUGAGAGAGAAAAACCAAGAUCGGAAUCGAGAUUUUCAAUUGGAUCAAUUCGAAGUGCAUUUUCAACAAUGUCUUUGAAUUCGUCGAUUUUUUCAAGGGUUUCUAUGUCUGAGAAGGUAACGUUUAUUUUGUGAGCAGAAAUCGGACAGAGCAUAAAAUGUUUUUUCUGCAGACUGUCCCUCACAAACUUGAUAUUCUACUUUCAUAUGCAAAACGUCAAACAAAUUCGUUAAUUCAAGAAUUAUGCAGUGUCAGUAUCCAACAUGCUAACAAAACAACACUUCCAUUAUUCGAUCAAUUUAUGGACAAAUUUUUGAAACAACAACAAAUCAAUUUUAUCAGUUCUCUAGAAAUCGGUGGUCAAGAAGAUGAAAUUCAGUUGAAAAAGUUUUUACAACCAUCCGAAUAUUUUUUGGAAAUGUAUGCAUAUCGAGUUCAAUUCAACAGUCUUCAACAAGAAAUUCUGCAUAUUUCUGAUGAAUUGAAGCAAGAUCUUCAGAAUAUUUUGACUCUUCAACCGACCAAAACUUUUAGUUGUAAUGUAGCUGGAAAAUCUGGAACUUGGUAUACGGUGCAAUAUGUGAGUGAAAUAAUAAUUUUUUAAAACGAAUAAUAUUUAUUUUCAGAUAUAUAUUCCACUGGAAACAACAAACAAAUCAACAAAUAAUAAUCAAAUAAAAACAAAAUCUGAUAUUUCUUUAACCACAGUAUUUCCAGGAUGUAUCAAUAAUAAUUUGGCAGAAAAGCAAAGUUUGAAAAUGUUAGAUAUUGUUUUGCAAAAUUGUACAUUUAAUUUGUGA